CACAUAAUUAUUUAUAUGAAUCAAUUGGCAAAAAUAAUGCUUUCUCCUUUUUCUCCUAUACAGGCCUGCUUUUUCCAUUGGCCACCAAUGCUCACGUGACCAGGAAUUGGCUGCUAGUCGCCCACUCUCCAGCUUAAUACUGCAGGGUCCCCAUACGCCUGAUUUAUCAGCAAUAUACAAUUAUAGGGCCUGGCAAUUAUUGGGAGCCCUAAUAUUUCCUCCUCCACCCCGAGGCUGGCUCCGGGAAGCCAUGAAUUUUGAAUUUGAGAGGGAGAUCGGGUUUAUAAACAGCCAGCCUUCCCUUGCAGAGUGCCUGACGUCCUUCCCUGCUGUCCUGGAGACAUUUCAAACUUCAUCAAUCAAGGAGACGACAUUAAUUCCUCCUUCUUUUGAGCAAACCAUCCCCAGCCUGAAUCCGGGCUCCAGCAGCCAGCCGAGGUCCAGGAACCUAAAACGAGCAGAUAAUAAUGGCCUGGUCCAGCAGCCCCCAGCACAGCCCGGGCCCCUGGCACCUGAGUUUCCCUGGAUGAAGGAGAAGAAGACGAGCAAGAAGAGCAGCCAGGGGUCCCCCCCAGCAGCAGCCCAGUCUGCCCCCGAGUCAGCAGGGAGCUCUCCUGCAGAACCACCCGGGCUCCAGGACAGCAGCGGGUCCAGAAGGCUCAGGACAGCCUAUACGAACACUCAGCUGUUGGAGCUGGAGAAGGAGUUUCACUUCAAUAAGUACCUGUGCAGACCCAGAAGAGUGGAAAUAGCCGCCCUGUUGGAUCUCACUGAAAGGCAGGUGAAAGUCUGGUUUCAGAACCGGAGAAUGAAGCACAAGAGACAGACCCAACACAAAGACCUGCAAGAUGGAGACCAGAGCUUUUCGGCUCUUGAGGACUGUGAGCCUGGGGAUGAGGGUGAUGAAAGCCCAUCUUACCCCCAAGGCCUGGACAGCAAUGACUCAUUCAGUGACAGGGAUCAGUACCCUCCUCACAACUCAAAGGAUCCAGGCCCAGACAGCAGGCUGGAGAUGCCCCAAUCUGGCCAGGAGACUGCAUCCCGGAGCCCCCUCUACCAAACGCCCACUCCAGAGCCUGAGAGCAGGACAGAGGUGGGUAGCAGGGCAGAGGUGGACAAUGUCCUCCCGGAGAGUCACAGCUCCUUAUUGUCAGAGCUCACAUUAUUUUCCUCAGACUCCUGCCUACACAUCUCAGAUGGCCUCUCCAGCCUGAACUCCCUCAAUAGCCCUGUCCACUUUUCAGAGGAAGAUUUUGACUUUUUUACUAGUGCACUUUAUAACAAAGAUCUCCAACAUUUAGAUUUUUAAUGAACAGUAAUUAGUUUUGCACUAAAAUCUCAAUUUUCAGAAUGCUACAAAAUGAAAAUGACAUUUAUAUUUCUUUUGACAAAAAUCAGGCAACUCUAGAGUUAGCUAUAUCGGUGUUUUUGCCUUCCAGCGUUUAUUCAUGUGAUAUCAUGACAUUCAUUUUAAAAUGUUAAUUAGACAACAUUUCAAGAUAAGAAGAUUUAACCAUUUUGUAAUUUAUUUCAGUGAAGUCUCAGGAAU